CAAUGCCACUGUGAUGUCGGCCCACACCUGCUGUGAAAUGGAGGCUCCCGAGCCCCGGGCAUCAGUGGAGCUGCCUACCGUCCAGAUACAGAUCAUGAGUGGCGGGUAUGAUCUCAACCUCUUUGCCAGCCCUCCCGACUGCAACUUCCUGUGCUCCGUCUGCCAUGGGGUUCUCAAGAGGCCAGUAAGGUUGCCAUGUAGCCACACCUUCUGCAAAAAGUGCAUCCUCCGGUGGCUAGCCAGACAAAACACCUGUCCAUGCUGCAGGAAAGAGGUGAAAAGGAAAAAGAUGGUCCAUGUGAAUAAACUCCGGAAAACCAUUGGCCGCCUAGAAGUCAAGUGCAAGAACGCUGAGGCUGGCUGUUUGGUGACAUGCCCCCUGGCCCAUCGCAAGGGGCAUCAGGACUCAUGCCCCUUUGAGCUGAUGGCCUGCCCCAACGAAGGCUGCUCUGCGCGAGUGCCACGUGGGGACCUGGCUGAGCACCAGCAGCACUGCCAGCAAGGUGGUGAGCAGCUUUGCCUCUUGGGCUGCGGGGCCACCUUGGGCCCAGCUGAACGUGCACGCCAUAACUGCUACCGAGAACUACGCGAGGCCUGGAGCGAGCGCCAGGAGCGCAGCCGGACUCUGCUGCUAAGUCUGCUGCGGCGUGUGCGCCGGGUGCACCGCACCACCAACCUCAUCCGCCGGCAACUGGCCCAGCUAGGCAACUUCCUGGAGGAGGAUGACACCCUGCUCCUGGGCACUGUGCAGGAGGCUGAGGCCACCCCAGUGGGCAGUACUGACGCUGAGGUGUGGGGGUCACAGGGCCAGCGUGCCUUGUAAAUACAAGGACAAAUAAAUGCUGAGCCCAGGCCGGGCCUAUCUCACCGCCUCUGUGCCUGCUAGCCUCAUACCCUGUGCCCAUUCCCCAGGCCCCCUUGCUCUUCAUUUGUCUAUUUCUUUUCUCUCAAUGUCUCUUCUCCCAAUCUCAACUCCAGUUGCUUCCUAUCAAUUUGUUUUAUCAGUUUUGUAGCCUGUAGCAUGAAUGGCUCAAAAUCGUUAACUCAGUAAAAGCCAGUUCCUCAGUAGCUCAGGAGGACCUGCACCCUCUCUGCACUCCUGUCCUUUAAGAAUAUCCUCUGGGGUUGGAGAUAUAGCUCAGUGAACUAGCACCGGGAGGCCCUGGAUUCAAUCCCUAGCACCACAGUCUCCUGUGCAAUGGCUCCCUUAGCCACACUGACCUCUGCACCCCUAAGCAGUGGCUGUCCCUCUGUCCGAAACACGAUCUCCAAAAAACUGCUUUACUUCAAUUGCUCCGGUGCCCCCUUCUCAAUGAAGCCUUCUGCACUGCCCCCAUUUAAAACUGCACUUAUGGGGCUGGGGAUGUGGCUCAAGCGGUAGCGCGCUCGCCUGGCAUGAGUG